UUUAGUUAUAUGUCUGACGUCGGCUUAUAACUUACGUGUUAUGUUUAUCGUUUUAUUUAUAAAACCAUCUAUUCCGCCAAAUUAAAAUGAAAAUUCUAUACAUUUUAUUUAUUUUGUGGCAUAUUGCUUACUGUGAUGAGCAUACACAUACAUAUAAGGAUGGAGAACAAGUGGUACUAUGGAUGAACACCGUAGGCCCAUACCACAAUCGCCAAGAAACGUACGCAUAUUUUUCCCUUCCUUUCUGUGCGGGCACAAAAGUAACCAUUGGUCAUUACCAUGAGACAUUAUCAGAAGCUCUUCAAGGCGUUGAAUUAGAACUUAGUGGCUUAGACAUUACCUUCAAAGAUAAUGUACCAGCGCAACAAUUUUGUGCUAUUGAACUCGAUGAACAGUCCUUUAAAGCAUUGGUGUAUGCCGUUAAAAAUCACUACUGGUACCAAAUGUAUGUCGAUGACCUUCCAAUAUGGGGUAUUGUUGGAGAAAUAGAUGGUGAUAAUCACUACAUUUGGACCCACAAAAAAUUCGAUAUUGGAUAUAAUGGAAAUAGGAUUGUGGAAGUGAACCUCACAGCCGAAAAUAAAGAACGACUAGUGCUUAAUGCAAAAAUUCCUUUCACUUAUGAAGUUAAUUGGAAGAAGAGCAACAUUAGAUUUGAAGACAGGUUUGAUAAAUAUCUAGAUCCUAACUUUUUUCAACACAGGAUUCAUUGGUUUAGUAUCUUCAACAGUUUUAUGAUGGUUAUAUUUUUAGUAGGUCUUGUAUCAAUGAUUCUUAUGAGAACACUGCGUAAAGAUUAUGCAAGGUACUCAAAAGAUGAUGAUCUUGAUGACUUAGAAAAAGAUUUAGGUGAUGAGUAUGGUUGGAAGCAGGUGCACGGGGAUGUGUUUAGGCCUGUUCCACAUUUGGCCUUAUUUUCUGCCCUUGUAGGAGUUGGACAUCAGCUUACUGUAGUGACAUUAGCUGUUAUUAUUUUUACUAUUUUUGGGGAGCUCUAUACUGAAAGAGGUUCUUUGCUAUCAACGGCUAUUUUCAUAUAUGCUGCUACUUCCCCUAUCAAUGGCUACUUUGGUGGGUCUUUGUAUGCUAGAAUGGGUGGAAGAUUAUGGAUCAAACAGAUGCUCCUCUCUGCAUUUUUGUUACCUGUACUAGUAUGUGGUACAGCUUUCUUUAUAAAUUUCAUUGCUAUGUACUACCAUGCAUCGAGAGCCAUACCUUUUGGUAGCAUGAUUGCAGUAAUGUCAAUUUGCACUUUUGUGAUCUUACCUCUCACCUUAGUUGGAACAGUCCUUGGACGUAAUCUGGCAGGUCAGCCUGACUAUCCUUGCCGCAUCAAUGCUGUCCCUAGACCUAUUCCAGAAAAAAAAUGGUUUAUGGAACCUUUUAUAAUAAUCAUAAUGGGUGGUAUUUUACCCUUUGGUUCCAUAUUCAUUGAGAUGUACUUUAUCUUCACAUCAUUUUGGGCAUAUAAAAUUUAUUAUGUAUAUGGUUUCAUGUUAUUGGUCUUUUUAAUUCUCAUGAUUGUGACUGUAUGUGUAACUAUUGUUUGUACUUACUUCCUGUUAAAUGCAGAAGAUUAUCGCUGGCAAUGGACUAGUUUUCUUUCGGCUGGUAGUACUGCACUGUAUGUUUAUCUGUAUUCAUUUUACUAUUUCAUAUUUAAAACCAAAAUGUAUGGGCUAUUUCAAACAACUUUCUACUUUGGCUACAUGGCUUUGUUCAGUUUGACUUUGGGAAUAAUUUGUGGUACAGUUGGAUAUAUAGGAACAAGUAUAUUUGUUAGAAAAAUAUAUUCGACUGUUAAAAUUGACUGAAUAUCAGAAACUAUCAAAAUUAAUAUUCUCAUGUGGUUUUGUCAAAAUGUGCUGCUAGGCUAAGUGGUGAUAACCAACAAAAGGUUUAAUGAAACCAUUAAUAUAUAUUACAGCCAUACUGUUUGAAGGCAAACACAUUCCUUGGACAUUUUUAUUGUAUCCAAAUGUAGUUUUUUUCAUUAACAAUUCUCUCUUAAUUGUUGUGGUUAUGAGUUAUUUGAGAUUAAAAUAAAUUUAAGCCUUAUUUUUUUUUCAUUAUUUCCUAGAAUUACAACAAGAAUUACAAAUACUAUAAAGAAAUAUUAAGGAAAGACACUGUUUCAUAAAGUUAUCUUAUUAAUUGUUUUAGUUUGUUAAUUUUGCAUAUUAUAUCUUAUACUACUCUAUCAUAUAAGUUUGUAAAUAUAAAAGUUAAUCAAAUUCCUAAUAUAGAAAUUUAGCCGUAUGUAUCGUGUUUAUGGUGUUCAUCUUUAUAAUUAUUACAAGCUUAUAAAAGUCUAAAAUCACUACCUAGAAUGCUAUUACUGUUCAUUGCUAAUUCAGUGUUGUUAAAGUUUUAGAAUAAUAAUCCUAGGUAUGUGAUCAUUUUGUAAGUAAUAAAUAGAGUAAUUUUACUUAUGUAAAUAUUUACUAGAAAUAGAGUUUGAACUCAAAUAUUUAUAAUGCAUUAUUUUGUAUUUAAUUUGUGCGGUAAGAUGGAAGAAUCUAUAGUUGUGUAUGCCAUCCAACAUUAAUGUAUCUUAUUGAUUAUUAUCCCAAAUAAAGUUGACAUGUACAUGAAA